AUGAGGCCCGACGACAUCAACCCCCGCACCGGCCUGGUGGUGGCCCUGGUCAGCGUCUUCCUCGUCUUCGGCUUCAUGUUCACGGUGUCCGGCAUCAAGGGCGAGUCGCUGGGCGACAUCCCCCUGCUGGCCAUCGGGCCGGCCAUCUGCCUGCCCGGCAUCGCCGCCAUCGCCCUGGCCAGGAAAACCGACGGCUGCACCAAGUGGCCCCACACCCGCUGCUGCCCCGCCGGCCGCUGCCGCGCCUGCCGCGACAAGCCCCGCGACAAAGACGCCCUCGAGCUGCUCAGGACCCCUUCCGAGCUGGAGUCGGGCAAGGGCAGCAGCGACGAGCUGGCCAAGGCCGCCGGCGCCCCCCCGGGCCGCAAAGCCGCCCCCGGGGCCGGCGCCGAGGACGCCGCCGCCGCCCAGCCGGGCAAGAACUGGCUCCUCCACGUGGAUCAGGAGGAGAUGCUCAGGUACUUGGACGACUGUUACCCGGAGAUGCCCGGGAAUGUGUUCGUGGCCCAGGGCGGCCCUUGCAGGGCCUUGGACGAGCCGGACCCCCCGGCCUUGGAAGGCCCGGACGCGGAGGAGGACCCCGUCUCCGUCGCCCCCAAAGGCAGCGUCAUCGUCUGCUCCUACCAGGAGAACGGCUCGGACGACAGGUACUGUUGCUACAUCAACCCCAGCGAGGAGAUCUGCUCGGAUCACGAGACGAUCAUUUGA